GGGGGCGCUUCUCGCUUGGCUUUGCUCUCGACAGACAGCAGAAAAGCCAGGAAGAUAUCACGCAGAGAGAGAGAGAGAGAAUGUACAGUUCUUGCGGCUUCGCUUCGGUCCCUCCUGCGGUGGGAUCUUCGUCGCCUUCCUCGAGGACGCAAUGCGCGCAGACCUCCAGAAAUAGCAGGACGGUUGCCAACCGGCAAUUUGGCGGAGUUUUCAGCCAGUCUUCUCAAUUAUUUAGGCGCCACAAGCUCCAUUUUCCAUCACGAGUUCAGAGACAGGGGAGGGCAGACCGUAAUCCCAAAAUUUUAGGGGUCUUAACAGAUGACAGCUCAACAAUGACUCCAAUAGAGGAUGAAAUUGAAAGGAUUGGCAUCCUAAAUGUUGAUCCAGGCUUGGAACCAUUCAGAGAUCACUUUAAAUAUAGAGUGAAAAGAUAUGUGGAUCAAAAAAAGCUCUUUGAAAAGCAUGAGGUUGGUCUUGAAGAAUUUGCAAAAGGUUAUUUAAGUUUUGGAUUUAACCGUGAAGAUGGUGAUAUAGUGUACCGCGAGUGGGCACCAGCUGCUCAGGAAGCGCAACUGGUAGGAGAUUUCAAUGGAUGGGAUGGCUCUAACCACAACAUGGAAAAGAAUCAAUUUGGUGUGUGGACUAUCAAAGUUCCUGAUAUAAAUGGGGUACCAGCAAUCCCUCACAAUUCAAGGGUCAAAUUUCGUUUCAAGCCUGGUAAUGGAGUUUGGAUUGAUCGGAUACCUGCUUGGAUUAAAUAUGCAAUUGUGGAGCCUUCCAGCUUUGCAGCACCAUAUGAUGGCGUUUAUUGGGACCCGCCACCCUCGGAAAGGUAUCAAUUCAAGUACCCCCGUCCUCCAAAACCAGAUGCCCCACGCAUAUAUGAGGCUCAUGUUGGAAUGAGUAGCUCAGAGCCUCGUGUUAAUUCAUACAGAGAGUUUGCUGAUGAUGUUUUACCUCGAAUUUGGGCUAACAACUACAAUACUGUUCAGUUGAUGGCUGUAAUGGAACAUUCAUACUAUGGAUCAUUUGGCUAUCACGUCACCAAUUUUUUUGCUGUAAGCAGUAGAUCAGGAACACCUGAAGACCUAAAGUAUCUUAUUGAUAAAGCUCAUAGCUUAGGUUUGCGGGUGUUGAUGGAUGUUGUUCACAGCCAUGCAAGUAAUAAUGUCACUGAUGGACUCAAUGGAUUUGACAUUGGCCAAAGCUCACAAGAGUCAUACUUCCAUACAGGAGAUCGUGGCUAUCAUAAGUUGUGGGAUAGCAGACUAUUUAACUAUGCCAACUGGGAAGUUCUUCGGUUCCUGCUAUCCAACUUGAGGUGGUGGCUUGAAGAGUAUCAAUUUGAUGGCUUUCGGUUCGAUGGAGUAACUUCAAUGUUGUACCAUCACCAUGGGAUCAAUAUGGCGUUUACUGGAAAUUAUGGUGAAUACUUCAGUGAGGCAACAGAUGUUGAUGCUGUUGUCUACCUAAUGCUAGCCAAUUGCCUGAUCCAUAAUAUUUUGCCUGAUGCAACUGUUAUUGCUGAAGAUGUAUCUGGUAUGCCUGGACUUGGCCGACCAGUCUCUGAAGGGGGAGUAGGUUUCGACUACCGCUUGGCAAUGGCCAUCCCUGACAGGUGGAUUGAUUACUUGAAGAACAAGAAAGAUGAAGAGUGGUCUAUGAAAGAAAUAUCAUGGAGUUUGACGAAUAGGAGAUAUAGUGAAAAGUGCAUAUCAUAUGCUGAGAGUCAUGACCAGGCCAUAGUUGGUGACAAGACAAUUGCGUUUCUCUUGAUGGAUAAAGAGAUGUACUCUGGUAUGUCUUGUUUAACGGAUGCAUCUCCUUCUGUUGAGCGGGGGCUUGCGCUUCACAAGAUGAUACAUUUUAUCACAAUGGCAUUAGGGGGUGAAGGUUACCUGAAUUUUAUGGGAAAUGAGUUUGGCCAUCCGGACUGGAUUGACUUUCCAAGAGAAGGUAAUAAUUGGAGUUAUGACAAAUGCAGACGCCAGUGGAACUUAGUGGAUGCAGAACACCUGAGAUAUAAGUUCAUGAAUGCAUUUGACCGGGCAAUGAAUUUGCUGGAUGAAAAAUUCUCAAUUCUUGCAUCAACAAAGCAGAUUGUGAGCAGCACAAAUGAGGAAGAUAAGGUUAUUGUCUUUGAGCAUGGAGAUUUGGUUUUCGUUUUCAACUUCCAUCCAGAGAAUACAUACGAUGGGUACAAAGUCGGGUGUGACCUGCCGGGGAAGUAUAGAGUUGCACUGGACAGUGAUGCUUGGGAUUUUGGUGGGCAUGGAAGGGUGGGGCAUGGUUUCGACCAUUUUACUUGUCCUGAAGGAAUACCUGGAGUGCCUGAAACAAACUUCAAUAAUCGUCCCAACUCAUUCAAAGUACUGUCGCCGGCACAGACUUGUGUGGCUUAUUAUCGGGUUGAUGAAAGUCUAGAAGACAUUGACCUCCAAGAGAAUGACCCAGACACAGUUGAGGAGGCGGACGAUUCGGUUAUGACCGAUGUCGUGGCGAGGCAGGCGGAUUUGGAAGAGUUAAUGUUGCGUCUAGAAGAGAAGGAUGAUGACAUUGAUCCAAAGGCCAUGAGAGAUUAUGAAGUGGAUUUUGGAGAGGGGACAUCAGACGAUUGAGAGCGCAGCGCGUGCAAUCUUCUCGCAAAUCUCAUAUACUGUAGGUAGCCUUCAUAAUCCUGCCGGCUUUGCCUAGUGCAGUUGUUAUGUGUGUAAGUAAGCGGCCGACAGCGGCCGACAUCUUUUUCUUUUUGCCCUAGCAUGUAGUGAUGCAAUAUAUGUAUAUAUAUAUAUGUGUGUGUACACAUACAUAUGUAUAUUGUAUAUAUAUAUAAAUGUUAUAUAAA